GAAAAUUAUGAGACAGUGAGAGUUUUCUCCAGAUUCAUUUCCCAUCCCGUCCUCUUUUCCCACUCUUACACACCUCACCCACAGCGCUGCCGCCACAACUGCAAGUCAUCAUCAACAUCCAACUUCCAGGUUGAAGAAGAAGCCUGUUUUUAGUGGUCCGUCACCGACAAGGCGCUGACCAGCAUCUCCAGUGGGCCCCUUCAACCAAUCUUGGCCCCGCGUUUGUGUCAUUACCCGACCGCAAGGAACGGUUGCCCCGCCGACUGUUUACAUCGACCUCUCCAAGCUGCACCUGCAGCUUGUUUCCCAGUUCCUGCAGCGACUGUCCAGCUUGCUUGUUGCUUGCUGACACCCUGCACUCACUGAUCCCAUCCCUUCUCCGAGUCGUCCCUGUUUUUCCCCCUCACCAUCACCGUCACCAUCGCGAAGAGCAUCGUCAGACGAAAUUUUACACCAGAGACGACCCCAAUAACCAAUUCUUUUACGAGCGCGGUAUUUCCAGAGCAGCAGUAGCAGCAGCAGCUAGGUACAGCUACAGACAGCUUACGGGCGGGGUGGGGAACAAAUUAAUUUCGUCCUAUAAUACCUUGAUACCUAGGUAUUUUACCGACUCCUUGAAUUGGGCGGAUACCUCUUGUUGGCCUGUUUCCGCCGCUAGUCGUCUCCCAUCCCAACUCAAACCCCCCCAAAACACAGUGCAACAGACGCAAACAAAUGGCGUCGUCGUACCAACACCGCAACUCACACUACGCCCACGAGCGACAUGACAGUAGCGCCUCGCGCAGACCAACAUCCGAGAGACGAGACACGCGUGGCACCAGAUCGAGCGACGGGACAGUGAGCACCUUCAACAGCAUCUCGACAUCAUCGGGCAGAGAAUCAGCAGCGACCGCAAUGACAAACGAAGGCCCCGCCUACUCCAAGAAAAUUGUUGUCGUUGGCGAUGGUGGUUGCGGCAAGACUUGUCUUUUGAUUAGUUACAGCCAGGGGUAUUUUCCAGAGAAAUAUGUCCCGACCGUCUUUGAGAACUACAUCACCUACCCAACCCAUCCCCCGACUGGUAAGACGGUAGAGCUCGCUCUGUGGGAUACGGCCGGGCAGGAAGAAUACGACCGCCUUCGGCCCCUGUCAUAUCCAGAAACCGAUCUCAUUUUUGUCUGCUUCGCCAUUGACUGCCCAAAUUCGCUAGAAAAUGUCAUGGACAAGUGGUAUCCAGAGGUCCUUCACUUUUGCCCUUACACCCCACUCAUCCUUGUCGGUCUCAAGUCGGAUCUCCGCUACAAAAAGACAUGCAUCGACAUGCUGAAAACCCAAGGCCUGAUCCCCGUCACUACCCAGCAGGGAGAGGCGGUUGCCGCCAAGAUGGGCGCCCAGUACAUGGAAUGCAGCUCAAAAGAAAUGACGGGCGUGGAGGAGAUCUUUGAGAGGGCGAUCCUUACGGUGGUGGCCAACGACAGGAAAACGCUCGAAGCCGAGGCCGUCAACGGAGGAGGCAGCGUCGGGGACUCGUCUAGCGGAAAGAAGAGGGGGAGGGGUGGGACUGUGAGCGGUCAAAAUAUCCCGGGAGUCGGGCUGGCGAAGAAGAGGAAGAGCAAAUGUUUGAUUAUGUGAUCGAACAAAAUUUCAGGAGACAGAAGAGAUGGGGCGUGGAGAGGGUUAAUGAUGACCUGACUAACUGCAUGAUCUGAUGCGAACAACGACUUUUUGCGUUGAGGGUUGGUUUUCUUUUUCUCUUUUUCUUUUCUGUCUAUUUUUCAUUACUUCACCACCACCACCUUUUUCUUUUACUGUUGUGUUCAUCCUUUUCUGCUCUUUUUUUUCUCUCAUACAACUGACUCUGGCUAGCGCUGGCUGGUUGUCAGACAUGGCAUGGUAGGCAAAAUAACGAGCAGGUGAACUGUCUAUUUUUCUUGUGUGGCUGCUUGUUUUGUUAUUUGAGAUGGUUUGUUGGGGGUGGUGGAAGGUGAAGAGGGAGUUGGGGCAGAGGGCAGGGCAAAGGGACGACUUGGUGAUGACGGUGCAUGGGAGAGACGGACGGCUGGGUUAAGGAAGGGUAGGAAGGCAACAAGGAUCAGGUGCCAGAGGCUACGGAUAAAGCAAGGAAAUUAUCUGAUGGAAUAUUCAAAUUUUGCGGUCGACUGUUGUGUGCGUGUUGUUGGAUUGAUCGGAGUAUUUUGAAAGAGAGAAACCUCACCUACCUCUCCUCGAAGCGUCCCCCCUUUCUCUUCUUUUAGUUUUUGAUUAGAAGAGGUUGAUUACAAAGAUGGAGUGUGAGCUUUUCUUUUAGAUACCCCGAAAGAGAGAAACGAGAGAUGGAUAUUUGGGAAUGUAUAGCACAGGCAUGGAUUAGGGGGGGCAGAAGUAGAGGAGAGA